GCCGUUGCCAUUCUGGCACCCUUAGAGGCGGCACUCUACCCGCCGUUCGAUCCCUCAGUGCGCCAUUACCAGCUGACCGUCAAUGCUGAAGAUGUGCUGACCCUUUGUGGUGAGACGGAGGUCGAAGCUGUGUUCAGGAUCCAGGUAGCUGCCAUCGCGCAGAGUGCCUUUGCCUCCGUCGCCGUGGAGCCUGCGGUGCAGAUCAUGGCCCAGGUUCUCCCGGAUGAGACGGGCUUCCUGCCUCCGGAUGUCCCACGCAGUGCCGUAAGUCAGGUGAUUCUCACGGUGUCUCCACCCCAGCUUGGACAGAGCCCGCCAGAGCGCUACUUUCUGGACGUCGUCGUAGGUGUUCUGGAUGUUCGCCUGGAGAGCACCACGCUUCCGGAGAUUGUCGCUGCAGAUGGAUCCUCCUCGGCCGACUUCGUCAUCUCUGUGCCCAGCGACGUGGAGGAUACAGCACUGGGACUCCGAAUCGGGCCCUACGCGCAGGUGCUCGUCUUGACUGGCUCCGAGAAUUACACGGAGAACCUGCUGCUGAGGACGCGAUACUUUUUCACGAUCGCCAACAUCGUGGGCUUGGGGAGCGAGCUGCCGGUCCUGGUGCAGAUCCGACCACCCCCUGACAGCAUCUACCCGACUUUGGAUGUCCGCACGAUCUAUGUUGUCACCUUCCAGCAGCCGAUCGUCAUCUCGAUUGUGACGAACAUGAUCAACAACACGAUCUCCAUCACGCAAACCACCCAGCUGACGGUCAAUGGGACGAAUCUGGCUGUGCCCGCGGAAUUAACCACAGAGCCCUUGAGUGCAGAGAUCUUCGUCACUGGCAUUCCAGCGCCUUGCACAACCUCCGAGUGCCAGGAGCCGACGUUGGAAGAGCUCCUGGCGGCUGGCGCGGAGAACCUGUGUAUGAAUCUCGUGGUCAAUUCCCCUGGCUCCUUGUCCUGCGGCGUGAUUCCCACAGCCAAUGCCCGGCUCGGUCUUUGCCUGGUCCUUCGCCGCGGUCUAUUCGCCGACCGGUACUGUGCUGCCUUCGGGCCCCCGGGCUCGGUACAGCCGGAACAGCCGUCGGUGGGAGGACUCCAGCAGCCACAGCAGGACAUGUCUUCCUCAGAUCCCAUCAUUGUCACCGUGGAUGGCGAUCUCCCACCGGACAACGUGUCACAAGGCUACCUGCAGGUCUGGGCGACACCGCUCCCCGAGCCCCCGGACGACAUCUCCAAUCCAGGGGAUGGGUACCAGCCCUUGUGUUCGCAGGCAGUUCGCUCCACCAACAACACCAUCAUGUGCUUCCGCACUCAAAACUUCAAUGUCUCCCAACUGGGAGCCCAGCCCAACGUUUAU